GGGUCUUGCUUUGGAGUGCACCUUUGAAUUCUCCUUUGGGGUCUUCCUUUGGGCUGCUUUGGAGUACUGCUUUGGCAUGCUGCUUGAUGGUCCUUCUUUGGGGUACUCCUUUGGGUUGCCGCUUUGAGGUCCUGCUUUGUGGUGCUGCUUUGGGGUGCAGCCUUCCCAGCCUAGGAGGGUUUGUCCUGAUGCCUUUAUUUGCUCAACAUCAGUGUCUGGGAGAUUUGGGGCUGGUGCUUUGGGGUCACUGCUUGCCCUAGAUCUGACAUUGAGGUGAAAAGCUGAAUGGAAGUGGUAGAUCUGCAAAAAAAUGGUUUUUGUUUUUGGGUUUUUUUUUUUUGCAAGCAGGGCAAAAAAGUCACUUUGGGUCAGCUAAAGUCGUGUUUUCCUUAGGAAACAACUCUGGCUUGCUCCACAGAAACUUGCAACCCUGGCUACAGAGCAAGAGGGUGGCAGUGCUGAGCACCCCAUGGCUCAGGGUGCUCCACUCUGUGUGGGGUGUGCAGUGUCCAAAUGCCACCUAGUGGCACUGGGUGCUACAGGGAGCAAAGCUGCAGUAGGUUGGUGCUCCAAUAGGCUCAAUGCUGCAGUGGAGUUGGGUUUGGUAAGCAAUGAGUACAGCAGAAAUCUUUGGGUUUCCCCUGCAAACCAAACCAAAUGCUGUAUUUCUAUCCCCAACACUGGGUGGGAAAAAGGAGGCAGUCCGCAAACAAAUCCCCCAGGUCCCCUUUUACUGGGAUUACUGUGACAGCUGUCACUCUCCCUGCAGGGCCGGCCAGCCCUGAAAUCCUAUUACUGAGUUUCAAGAGAAAUAAAAAGUUAAUCGUCUCCUCUGCGCGCUCCUCCCGUGCUGCAGGCACCAAGGCUGAGGCUGCACCCAUGGAAUCAGCUCCAAUCUAGUAGUGGCUGCAGCGAUGCCACUGCAGUCGGAGAUCCUGCGUGAGGUGUGGGCCACUGACAGCCCCAGCGAGGAGCCAAGCAGCCCCCAGCACCAGCGGCUGAAGCAGGUAAGAAACCCUUCUGUGGACUGAGGAUGGGGGCAGCCCCUGGCCCACGUUGCAGUGGGAGUGGAGUGGGGUGGGUGCUCAGCCCUGGGUGAGUGCAGGCGUUUGUGGGACCCCACUCUGCUUCUGACUUACGCAUCCUUCCCAAGCCCAUCUCCAUCCCAUCAGCUGGGGUCUCAGCUUCUAGUUAGUGCUUUAAUUAAGCCUUUUAGCUGUCAGCAGAGUCACUUUCCAGGCUGUGACCCCUUCUAGAGGUGGCUGCAUUUUGGGCCAGCCCCUGACAGAGCGGUCUCUGCAGCAAUCUGAGCAACCUGCUGUAAUUAGCAGACUUUGUUAAGUAACAAAGCAAAGGGCUGUCCUGCCCCUGUGCUGCUUAACGGAUUAAAGGAGAGAAGGAACUUUUUAUACCAUCAGCUUGCUACAAAAAGAAUUUAGGAUUUGUAGCCCCACCACGACACCUCGAGGGAUAUGUGCUGGGAGAUGGCGAAGGGUUAGUGCUGUGGGGCAGAUCCAUCCUUUUGUGGUGCUGAGGUGCUGCGGACUCUGCCUGGGAAGGACCCCCCAGAGCAAAUCCCUGGCAAAGAGGGGAAUGCUUUGCACCCAGAUGUGAUCAGUGCUGAUGCAAUUAGUGCUGCAUCAGUCCUGGGGGACCCUGACCUGGUGCCUGCUCCCCAGAUGUCCCCUGCCUGGUGCUGAUCCACAUGCUCUACAUUUGGUAAAUCAGCAUUAUUUAUAGCCCAGGGUAAAGAGGAUUAGGUGUGCUGCCUCUAAUCCCCCGCUUCCUCCUGCCCUGCUUCUGCUGACCUCGAUCCCUGCAGCUCUGGUGUCCCCAACCUGUCUCAGCACACAGCCUUCAAUCUCCACCCCGCAAUCGGGUUUCCAAGAGGACCUGGGGGCUUCUCAUCCCCAUGUCCCCUGUGUAUCCCUUGUGGCUCCCAUAUGGUAGCAUGGCACCAUGUCCCCCACCCCUUGGGCUGGCACAGUGCAGUACUGCUGCUCUCCGAUCUCUGCUAACGGCCCGUUCUGUUUCCUUCCUGCCAUCCCUCUGUGGGGCUACCCCAUGGUAAGUUGCUCAUGUAACAGUGCAGCGCAUCCCUUGCAAGAGCUCUUGCAAGAACGGUGCAAGAGCUGCCACGCUCUUACAGCAUCCCUUUCUGAAAUGCACCAGUGUGCUCCAGCUGCUGUAAGAGCAGAGGUUGAACCAUGGCACGGUCUCUGCAGCACCAUCCAUGGGGCAGAAGCUGAAGAAGAAGCGGCAGGAGUUAGCAGCGGAGCCCGAAGCCAAACCACGACAGCUGCGGGUGAAGAAGCUGAGCGAGCCCAGAGGUGCUGAGGAGCCCCAUGGCCCAGUGCAGGGGGUGAAGAAGGUGAGGAAGAAGAAGGAGAAAGGGGAGGAGGAGAGUGAUAAGGAGCCCAGCUCCAAACUCCCCCGGGAGCCUCGGAAGAAGAAGGAGAGCCUGGUACCUCGAUCCCACGUGACUGAAGGCCUGAAGAAGCAGCAAGGUGACAAAAGCGAUGCCAACAACAAAGCCAAAUCCACCAAAAGCACCAAGAAGGAACCAACGUCCGUGUUCCAGGUGAAUGGGGAGAAGAAAAAGAGCAAAAAGAAAGCUGCCACUGGCAGUGAUGAGGAGGAUGACUCUGACGCCAGCACCAAACCCAUCCGAUCGGGGAAGAAGAAGAAUCCGGUGUCACUCUUCCAGACCGGUGGGGACCCCCCCAGGGAGAGGAAAACCAGGAAGAAAGCCCCUAAAGCAGCAGAGAGUGAAGAGGAGACCCUGGAGACACAGCAGAAGAACUCCAACAAGAAGGGCAAAGGGAAGAAAUCCAAGAAGAAGGAGGAGAGGCCCCUGUCACCUGUCAUUGAGGUGGACAACCUGGAGAAGUUUGUGCUGUCCCCGGCGCCACAGGGGAUGACCAUCAAGUGCCGGGUGACGCGGGACAAGAGGGGCAUGGACCGGGGGCUGUACCCCACCUACUACCUGCACCUGGAUAAUGACAAAAAGGUCUUCCUACUCGCUGGGAGGAAACGUAAGAAGAGCAAAACCUCCAACUACCUCAUCUCCAUCGACCCCACGGACCUGUCACGGGGUGGAGAGAACUUCAUCGGGAAGCUGAGGUCCAACCUGAUGGGGACCAAGUUCACUGUAUUCGACAAUGGUGCAAACCCUGAUCGGGCCAACGCCGAUUGGUCCAACGUGCGGCAGGAGCUGUCGGCUGUGGUUUAUGAGACCAACGUGCUGGGGUUCAAAGGGCCCCGGAAGAUGACAGUCAUCAUCCCUGGGAUGAACUCAGACAACGAGCGGGUGCCCAUCCGGCCCCGAAAUGACAACGAUGGGCUGCUCAUGAGGUGGCAGAACAAGAACAUGGACAACAUCAUCGAGCUGCACAACAAGGCACCAGUGUGGAAUGACGAGACCCAGUCCUACGUCCUCAACUUCCACGGCCGUGUCACCCAUGCCUCCGUAAAAAACUUCCAGAUUGUGCACGGCAGCGACCCUGAUUACAUCGUGAUGCAGUUUGGGCGUGUGGCAGACGAUGCCUUCACCAUGGACUACAACUACCCGCUGUGUGCCGUGCAGGCCUUCGCCAUCGCUCUCUCCAGCUUUGAUGGGAAGCUGGCCUGCGAGUAGCUCCACGCACCCCUGUCCCCAUCCGCUCCCCCGGUGUCUGACCCUGCUCCGUUGAACACUGCUUCAUUGGGCACAGGUCAGGUACCACUCUGUCGGGCGCUGUUUGCCUGGCUGUGGACAACUGCCCUGGGCACUAGUCACUGGCCUCAGGCAGAAGGCAGAGUUAAACCUGAAAUACAUCUCUUUUUUAGCUUAUGUUUUGUAUUUUGUAGCACAGUCCUUAAACAAGAUGAGGGUGUGUGA